UUUAGUGGGUGAACAUGGAGUCAAAAGAAUACGCGCAUUGCGUGCAGUUUAUACUUGAUCGAGUAAAUAAUACAUUAAUAGUAGAAAAAGAAAGUAGUUAUAAAUGUUUCUUAGAACACGUUAAUAAUUAUUUCCAAUGUGACUCAUUACCUUAUCAUUGUCGUACUCGUUUCAGAAGACAGAUAUGAAGAGGAGAAAUAGAUAUCGCUAGAAGCGAUAUAUUAUAUUAUUAUUAGUGUAGGAAACAUCAAUUCUCUUCGUUCGAUUAAUAAGUUUCAAUCGAAAUGCAUAAAUUUCUUUGAUGAUUAUAAGACAUAAUCAUCAAAGAUCAUUUUUAUAACCGUCAACAAUUUCAGCAAAUCCAGAAACUAUCGAAAUCACUAGAUUUAGUGAUACAUUUGCCAACACAGCAACCUUGGUCAUAUCAUAACCGACAAAUUUCGAAAAACGUAAACUUUAGACGAUUAAAUCAUAUAAAGAUGGCUUGUGAAGCAUGCAAAACAAAAUUUAAUUUAUUUAAACGAAGAAAACAAUGUACAGGCUGUCUAAGGUAUUUUUGUUCCGAGUGCCUUAUAAAGCGUAUUGACAAAACAUUUAAUUGCGAAAAUUGUGGUAUGCUAUCACGAAGACCACUUAUUCGUAGUCAGAUUAUGCAAAUGCGUUCUAGAGAUUUACGCCAAUAUCUUAUAGCAAAAAAAGUAUCAAUCAAAGGAUGCGUAGAAAAAGAAGACUUAGUAAAUUUACUAUUGAUAUAUGCAAAUGGUUCAGCAGAUAAUUUAGUAGGUGAAAGGAAUUCUACAAUAAAGCCAAGUACCCUAACAGAAGAACUACCUCAAACAAGUUCUACGAGUAGUACAUUACCUGAAACAUCAAUACAAUUAGAAAAUCAUACAAAUGCAAUGAAUGAGGAAAGAAACACAGAACACAUAGAGUUGGAAUCAGAAUGUGUAACAGUUAAUAAUAUAGAAAUAGAAGAAGCAUCGGCAGGCGAUUGUAGUCCAGAUAGUGGACCAGAACCUUUAAUUACUGAACAAGAUGAAGAUUCAGAAACAUUAGAUAUAAAACAAUCAGAUAUGUUAACAGAAAUUCCUGUGUGGUCAGGUCUUGUCAAGCUAACAGAUAUAAAUGAAUUAUCACAAUUGGAACACUUAAGUGUAAAACAAUUAAAAACUCUUUUAAUAACAAAUCGUGUUGACUUUAAAGGUUGUGUUGAAAGGUGUGAAUUGUUGGACAGAGCAUCUAGAUUAUGGGAAGAACAUAAUCAAGCAAGAGCAGAUAUAGAUAAUAUGGAUAAAGAAGAUAUUUGUAAAAUUUGCUGGGAUGCGCCUAUAGAAUGUAUCAUUUUAGAAUGUGGUCAUAUGGCAUGUUGUAUUAAUUGUGGGAAACGAAUGUCCGAAUGUCCCAUAUGUAAACAGUAUGUUGUUCGAGUUGUGCGCUUUUUUAAAGCUUGAUAAAGGAAGUAAUUUUAAUAACUAAA